UUAGUUUGUCUGUAAGUUCCUCACGGACACGGAUUUAAAACAAGACUUUUAUUUUGUGCGAGAGAUUCGCGCUUCCGGUGUUCGCUGUCUGACGUUUCAAAUCAAACACCGCGCGACAGACGCGAAUAUUAUUCGUAUAAACAAGAACAAACAGUCAUAAAAACGAGUUUAGACUAACAUGUGAAGGCUUAUGUUAUGAUACGGACGUGACGGAUCAAUAUUUACUAAGAACUUUGACAGGACAGAGGAUGUUAUGUCAGUUAUUCGUCGUUUAAUCUUGUCGUGUGUGUUUGUGAGCUUCACAUGGCUUCACUGGUGGAUUAUGAGGAUUCUGACAGUGAGACGGAUCAGGAUCCUCAGCUUUAUCAUGAUGAAGGCCUCAUCAUCAGCUGCUCCUCCUCUUCAUCAUCUUCAUCAUCAUCACGUGUGUCAGCAGCACAGUCCGGUUCCUCCGGCUCCGUGAAGAGAGUCCAGCUGCAGGGGUCUGCGCUGAGGCCGUAUGUUCCUAAGAGACAGAGGCUGGCAGAGACCGCAGCGGUUCAGGCUGAAGAACCGGCCCCGUCUGGAUCUGCUGGGUCUCCGCUGCUGUCUCAGGUGUCCGAGAGGGUCCGGCCGUUUCUGGGCCGAAGGCAGGGUCAGGUCGAGCUGCCCAGACGCAUGCAGAGCCGCAUCGAGGCCCAUCAGGGUCCAGUGAACACACUGCAGUGGAGUCCAGUGGAUCAUCUCAGUCACCUGCUGCUGUCCGCAUCCAUGGACAGAACCUUCAAGGUGUGGGAUGGUGUUGGUGGUGGGCGGUGCUUACGGACAUACUCCGCCCACCGUGGCUCCGUGCGUGAUGCCUGUUGGCUGGCCUGCGGGCGACGCCUCCUCUCAGGCUCGUUUGACGGCAGCGCGGCAGUCACUGAUGUGGAGACGGGUAAGACGAUCUCACGGAUGGAGAAUGGCUUUAAGGUGUGCUGCGUCGCCCCACGACCCUCUGAUCCUGACGUCUUUCUGUGCGGAGGCUUCAGUCCGGAGGUCAGAGCCUGGGACGCUCGCUGCUGUAAGAUGCUGCGGGUCUAUAAGGCGGCGGUUCAGCAGACGCUGGACGUCUUGUUCCUGAGCGGCGGGAGAGAGUUCAUCAGCAGCACUGAUGCUGUCAGCCGAGACUCCGCUGACCGGACGCUCAUCGCCUGGGACUUUGAGACGACCGCCAGACUCUCCAACCAGAUCUUCCACGAGCGCUUCACCUGUCCGUGUCUGGGGUGUCACCCUCUGGAGAGCAGCUUCGUGGCUCAGACCAACGGUGGCUACAUCGCCCUGUUCUCCGCCCAGAGGCCCUACAGGAUCAACAAGAGACGCCGCUACGAAGGACACAAGGUGGAGGGUUUUGCAGUGCAUUGUGGGUUCUCUGCAGACGGAAGCGUUCUGGUCUCUGGUAGUUCUACAGGUUCUGUGCACUUCUAUGACUUCCAGAGCUCACGCACCCUGAGCACGCUUCACGCUCACCAACACGCCUGCGUCUGCGCCGCGCUGCAUCCCAUCAUUCCUGCCGUCAUGGCCACGUGUGAUUGGACGGGAGAGAUCAAGAUCUGGAGCUGAUCAGCUGAUCGCUCAGUGUUUGAUAACGAUGGACACCAAACUCAAACUCAAUUUGAAGCUUUUCCUCAGUGAGGAUUAUGGGUAAUCAAAUCAAGUCAUUGUAUGAUGUUAAAAUGUAAAAUCCACUGAAUGUUACGUUGUUUGUUAACUUUUAUACUUGUUUGUGUGUGUGUGUGUGUGUGUGUGUUUCCCUAAUAAAACACAUAAA